GUUUUAUCGUCAAGGCGCAAGCAGUUUAACCCACGUGUUCCUAUGCCGCGACGGCAGUAAAACGCGAUAUACACGGUCGUUCGCGUAUUUGGAAUUGGUGUCACGACCAAAAUGGCGCAUGCGUUUGAGUGCGCAUUCUUUGGCACGCUCGUCGCGGCCAACCUGGCACUCGGCUUGUACUUCUCCUUGCGGAGUGCUCCUUCUCGACCCAACACCGGUGUUACAAAGGUGGAAGUGUUCCUCGGAAGCCGGACACUACGGUACCUACCACUCGCUGCUUCGUCGGUAGCCUCUCUCUUCUCAUCGACGGGACUCAUCGGCUUUCCGGCCCACUUUUACGCGUACGGCUGGCACGUGCUGUGGCUAAGCUUGACGCCUCUGCUGCUGUUUCCGUUGGCAACGCGCCUUUUCGUGCCCCUGCUGUACAAGCUUGGUGUCACGUCCAUAUUUGAGUACCUGCGCUUUCGUUUCAACGCCAGCAUUUCUUUGACAGCAUGCGUCAUCUACAUUAUUCUCACGCAAAGCAUAGGCGCCAUCUCUAUUUUUGCAGCAGCAUUGACUCUCGUGACAGCUUUUCACGUACCGCUUCUUUGGUGCAUUAUUGGCAUUGGAUUUUCUGGAACCUUCUACACAGCAAUGGGAGGACUCCGAGGUGUGGUCUGGACAGACUGCAUGCAGUUAUUGUUUAUAAUUGUGGCUCAGGCUACAGUUAUAGCAAGUAUCGUAGUUGGCUCAUUAUCACAAGGUUCCAUGGUCCAGCCACUAGGUGACAUGAAUUUAUGGACCUACAUUGGCAACUUCAGUUUUGACUUGACCAGUGACGAAAACGUGUGGGCCUGCCUUGUCGGCUCCUCAGCCAUAGGAAUCUAUAGGUUAUGCCUCGAUCAGGUUGUGACCCAACGGCUGCUAGCAUCGCCAACACUGAAUGAAGCAAAAAGAACUGCAUUCACAGGCGCGCUUCUCUUAGUGCUGCUGUACUGCCUGUGCUUAUCAAUGGGUGUGUCACUGACUGUAUGGUUUCGUGGCUGCGACCCUGAGCUGCUCGGCGUCAUCAAGAGCAUUGACCAAAUCCUGCCCUACUAUAUUAACACAUACUUGGUGCACAUACCCGGUUUUGUAGGCCUAUUCCUUGCUGGGGUCGUCUGUGCUGCCACAAGCACGAUAUCUUCUACAAUCAAUUCUCAGGCGACUAUAAUAUAUGUCGAUGUCAUAUCUCAUCACUUCAAGAACGCUGAACAACACGUGUUAUGGAUUACGCGAUGCACAGCCCUAAUCUUAGGUGUCAUCAUGACCCUUUACAGUACCCUCUGCAUAUACGUGGGAUCUUUGACAAGGGUGUUCCUAAUGGUGUACGCUUCCAUCACAGCCACUUUUGUAGGGCUAUGCCUGUUGGCUGCGCUGUUUCCUUUCGUUCAUUCUAAGGGUGCUGGAGUUGCAACCUCUGUCACAGCAGCAUUCCAGCUUUGGCACAUCACACACGUAAUUCGAAGCGGGAAAAUGCCUCCGAGAAUGCCUGUAUCACUGGAUUACUGUCCUGGGAACCAUACUUCGGACACCUUAGUGUCAAACAGCAGCGACGUUUUGGAAAGCAACGCAUCCAGGGUACCAUUCUCCCUGCUUGAUAUGUCACCCUUGUGGAGCAGUUUUUUUACGAUUUUCGCUACUAUAUUGAUUGGCGUGCUGGUGAGCGCUGUCACAGGGGAAAUUAAACGAAACCAGGCACAGUCUUCCUUAUGCAGCGACGCUCUCGUUCGAUUUUGGCGAAAUCUGUCCAAGCCAACCAAAGAAACGAAAAUUGUGGUGCGCCUAAAAAGCAGCAGUAGCUAUUCACGACAAUACCAGGAUACAUUGACAAGUUUUGAAGGAGAAACAAAAUUCGUGUCUGAGGCUGAGAAGCUUCUUAUGCUAAAGGAGGAAGCUCAAGUUUAGCCAAGCGCUCAGUGAGCUGCGCUGUCUAACAAACAAGGCGGCGACGAAUGCUUGUGAGUUUCUCUUGCCUUGCGAUGGCCACCAGCCAUAUGAAAUAAAGGCAUCACUGUCAGACACUGCCAAU